GAGUUGGUGGCUCCAACUUGCCUGACUCUGGCAUCCUCUCCCUCGAAUAUAUCAAUUAAAGUAACCUUCUGUUUUCAACAUUAUCAAGGGAAGAGGGGUCUGUCUCUUCACCAAACUCGCCCUCUCACUCACACAAUCAGAAAACAAUGGCCUCAACUUCAUCUCCGACCCUAUCCCAAGCCCUCUUGGCUCGCGCCAUCUCUUACCAUGGCUCCACCCAGUCAUCCGACCACCGUGUCUCUCUCUCCACCCUCUCUCUCCCCACCUUCUCUGGCCUCAAAUCCACUACCUCACGUGCUUCCGCUUCUCGUAGACGCCUUCCCGUGCGCUCCUACCAGAACCGUCAAGUCCGUGCUGCCGCCGUGGAGACAAUUGGCACGGCCGCAGAGACUUCCUUGCUGGAGAAAUCGGUCAACACGAUCAGAUUCCUGGCCAUUGACGCUGUCGAGAAGGCGAAUUCGGGCCAUCCUGGGUUGCCUAUGGGCUGUGCUCCGAUGGGCCACAUUUUGUACGAUGAAGUCAUGAGGUAUAACCCGAAGAACCCUUAUUGGUUCAACCGUGACCGUUUCGUGUUGUCCGCUGGUCACGGUUGUAUGUUGCAGUAUGCUCUGCUUCACCUCGCUGGUUACGACAGUGUCCGGGAAGAAGAUUUGAAGAGUUUCCGUCAGUGGGGAAGCAAAACCCCAGGACAUCCCGAGAACUUUGAAACACCUGGAGUUGAAGUCACAACUGGUCCUCUUGGUCAAGGUGUUGCGAAUGCUGUCGGGUUGGCUCUUGCAGAGAAACACUUGGCUGCUAGAUUCAACAAGCCAGACAAUGAGAUCGUUGACCACUACACAUAUGUUAUUUUGGGAGAUGGGUGUCAAAUGGAGGGUAUUGCAAAUGAAGCUUGUUCGCUUGCUGGACACUGGGGACUUGGGAAGCUUAUAGCUUUCUAUGAUGACAACCACAUUUCCAUUGAUGGUGACACUGAAAUUGCCUUUACUGAGAGUGUCGAUAAGCGUUUUGAGGGGCUUGGGUGGCAUGUUAUCUGGGUCAAGAAUGGAAACACUGGCUAUGAUGAUAUUCGUGCUGCUAUUAAGGAAGCAAAGGCUGUUAAAGACAAACCUACUUUGAUCAAGGUGACAACCACCAUUGGUUAUGGAUCUCCGAACAAGGCAAACUCAUACAGUGUACAUGGCAGUGCACUGGGUGCCAAGGAAGUGGAUGCUACUAGGAAAAACCUUGGAUGGCCAUAUGAGCCUUUCCAUGUACCUGAAGAUGUUAAAACGCACUGGAGUCGCCAUGUCCCUCAGGGUGCUGCUCUUGAAGCCAAAUGGAAUGCCAAGUUUGCUGAAUAUGAGAAGAAGUACAAAGAGGAAGCUGCAGAGCUCAAGACAAUCAUCACUGGUGAACUACCAGCUGGAUGGGAGAAGGCACUUCCAACAUACACUCCAGAGAGCCCAGCUGAUGCUACGAGAAAUCUCUCUCAACAAAAUCUCAAUGCCCUCGUAAAAGUACUCCCUGGUCUUCUUGGUGGAAGUGCAGACCUUGCUUCUUCCAACAUGACCUUGCUCAAAAUGUAUGGUGAUUUCCAGAAGGACACCCCUGAGGAACGCAAUGUUAGGUUUGGUGUUAGGGAACAUGGAAUGGGAGCCAUCUGUAAUGGCAUUGCCCUUCACAGCCCUGGUGUGAUUCCAUACUGUGCUACUUUCUUUGUCUUUACUGACUACAUGAGAGCUGCUAUCAGGAUUUCUGCCUUGUGUGAAGCUGGAGUCAUCUAUGUUAUGACCCAUGAUUCCAUUGGUCUUGGGGAAGAUGGACCAACCCACCAGCCUAUUGAGCACUUGGCGAGCUUCCGUGCAAUGCCUAACAUUUUAAUGCUCCGUCCAGCUGAUGGAAAUGAAACUGCUGGUGCAUACAAGGUUGCUGUCGUCAACAGGAAGAGACCCUCAAUUCUUGCUCUCUCUCGGCAAAAGCUGCCCCAACUUGCUGGAACUUCCAUUGAGGGAGUCGAAAAGGGUGGCUACGUUGUUUCAGACAAUUCUUCAGGCAACAAGCCCGAUGUAAUUCUGAUUGGAACUGGUUCUGAGCUAGAGAUUGCUUCUAAAGCUGCUGAGGAACUAAGGAAUGGAGGAAAGGCUGUUAGGGUUGUCUCCCUGGUUUGUUGGGAGCUCUUCGAUGAGCAAUCUGAUGCCUACAAGGAAAGUGUUUUGCCAUCUGCUGUAUCAGCUAGGGUGAGUAUUGAGGCUGGAUCAACGUUUGGAUGGGAGAAGAUAGUUGGAUCCAAAGGAAAGUCAAUUGGAAUUGACCGGUUUGGUGCAAGUGCACCAGCAGGCAGAAUAUACAAGGAAUAUGGUUUAACCCCAGAGGCUGUUGUUACAGCAGCGAAGGAACUAUGCUAGGCUUGGUUAGAAGCCUCCGGCGAAACUUGUGGUUUUUGUUUUGGAUGAAGGAUUACAUGAAGAGGCCAUUCCAAUCGUAACAGUCUCUUUUGUUUUAAUAAGAAGCAGAAUUAAAUCUUCUUCUGUUGCUUAUGAUUCAUCAAUAGCAACAUAGAGCGAAAGGGUGGGUAGAGUUUCUGUAUGCUUAUGAAUUUGUAACUACUCUUGGGACUUCUCCCAGAGUUUUGCAAUACUUGUUGUUGCUUUAAAUUAGCAUUACCCUUGUCCUCUUACAUUUUAUUUUUUUUACUGGAACGGAAGUUAUCUACUAUUGUAAUUUUGAUUAGUGGUCAAGAACCUCAAAAUUUAUUAUUGUUCGAACUUGUUUGGCCAUA